AUGUCCCAUAAUGAGGAGGAGCCAUCCUUCUUCGAUCGCGAGCGCGACAGACUAUCUCGCGAAAUCACGUCAGGUUUCGAGGAGCUCCUAUCAUCCACAAACGUCCUAAAUCGCAAACUUGAAGAAGUCUUGGGCAUGACCAAGGAAUACGACACGAUUGCCUCUCUAUGGCAUAGCUUCUACCAACUCAUGCGCAAUGCCAGUCAACCAGAUGAAAGCAUGGAAGAACCAGCCGGGUUGCCCGGUACCGGCGGCCAUAUUGUAUCUACUACAAGACAAACGAACGCUAGAGAUGAUUGA